AUGGUCGGCCUAGGUCACCAUGGCGCCGGCGUAGGUGCCCAUGGUCAGGGGAAGCGCCUUGGCGGACGUGACCCGGCCGAGCGGCGCGCCGCGGUAGCCGAUGGCGACGUCGAGGCGGUUGUAGUCGAGCGCGAAGAAGUCCGGGUUGCGGACGCGGACCUUGAGCGCGGCGGAUAUGGUGACGGCGACGGCGGGGCGCGCCACGACGGAGACGUGCGCGAGGCGGAGGCGGGCGAGGGAGACGUCCGGGUCGGCGGGCCAGAGGAGGAAGCCCGCGAGCGUGAGGAGGAGGAAGAGCGCGGUGAGGCAGGGGCCGAUGCCGCAGCAGCGGCCGCCGCCGCGGAGAGUAGGGCGGAGAUUAGAGAUGUAAGGUCGUGA